AUGGCAAAUUCAAGAAACCAAGUUUUAUUUAACCCUAAUUGUUGUAAAGAAUGGAAAUACCGGGACAACAGGACUCGGAAGGAGGUGAGGGACAAGUGGAGAAACUUAACAGUAAAAGCCAAGUCAGUAUUCACAGACCAUAGGAGGGAAAUCAACAAAACUGGUGGAGGCCCAGCCCCAAAGAAACCAUCCUCAAGUGUAGAAAGGGUUGUAAACAUGCUGCAGGAUACAACAAGUUUUUCCGGUAUUCAUGGAGGAAUUGAAACUGCAAGCUUUGAAUGCUAUCCUGCAGCAAAUGAGGAAUCUGACGACGAUGCUGAGAUUGAAAAUGCUAUUGUUGAACAACCAGAUGUGAAUGCUGUAACACCUACAAGAGUACCUUUGUCUCCACGGAUAUUGGUAACGAACAUCCUGCCUUUAAAUACUAAUGUUGAGCUACCGGCCAGUAGACCUGUAACUGCAAGGAGUGAGUCGACAGCAGAAAAUAUAUCUGUUCACAGUGUUAAUAAUAUUAAGAAAAGAAGACGUGUGACACAAGAAGAUGUUUUCCAAAUGCAGGUCAAAGUGUGUAAAGAGCAGAUGGAACUUUACUCAGAACAGUGCCGGCUAGUAAAAGAGCAGACAGAAAAGGAGAAAAAACAGUCACAAAAGGUUGCUCUUCAAAUACAACUGCUCAGAAAAUUGAAUGAAGAUGAUAACAUUUCACCAACACUUACUGGUUCUCAGGUUGCAUACCUUGCCGCCAUGUCAUCUUGUUUUGAAGAUUCUUAA